GCGCCAUGGCGGGAAUGGAGGGGACCCUGUUGCGCCAGUUCCCGCUGUUUCUGCCCCAGAACCGGGCGAAAACUGUGUAUGAGGGAUUCAUUUCGGCUCAGGGGAAAGACUUCCACCUUAGAAUAGUGUUGCCUGAAGAUUUACAAGUGAAGAAUGCAAGAUUACUAUGCAGUUGGCAGUUGAAAGCUAUACUUAAUGGAUACCAUCAAAUAGUCCAACAGAGAAUGCAGCACUCUGCUGAUCUAAUGAGUUUUAUGAUGGAGUUGAAGAUGAUUUUGGAAGUUGCUUUAAGGAAUAGACAAGAGUUAUGUGCACUACCUCCUCCUCCUCAGUUCUAUUCAAGCCUUAUUGAAGAGAUAGGAACUCUUGGUUGGGAUAAACUAGUAUCUGUGGAUAGUUGCUUCAGUACCAUCAAGUUAAAAGCAGAAGAUGCUUCUGGUAGAGAACAUCUAAUCACUGUCAAGUUGAAAGCAAAGUAUCCCGCAGAAUCACCAGAUUGUUUUGUGGAUUUUCCUGUUCCAUUUUCUAUUUCCUGGACACCACAGGGCUCCUUAAUAAGCAUUCAUAGUCAGUUUUUGGCAGCAUUAGAAUCACUGAAGGCAUUCUGGGAUGUUAUGGAUGAAGUUGAUGAGAAGACCUGGGUACUUGAGCCAGAAAAACCUACCCGGAGCGCAACAACACGCAGAAUUGCAUUAGGAAAUAAUGCUUCCAUAAAUAUAGAAGUGGACCCCAGGCAUCCUACUAUGCUUCCUGAAUGCUGCUUUCUUGGAGCUGACCAUGUGGUGAAACCCYUGGGAAUUAAGCUGAGCAGGAACAUACAUUUGUGGGAUCCAGAAAACAGUCUAUUACAAAAUUUGAAAGAUGUUUUAGAAAUUGAUUUUCCAGCUCGUGGUAUCCUGGAAAAAUCUGAUUUUACUAUGGAUUGUGGAAUUUGUUAUGCCUAUAAACUUGAUGGUACCAUUCCUGAUCAAGUGUGUGGUAAUCUCCAGUGUGGACAGCCUUUUCAUCAAAUAUGCUUAUAUGAGUGGUUGAGAGGACUACUCACUAGUAGACAGAGUUUUAAUAUCAUCUUUGGUGAAUGUCCAUACUGUAGUAAGCCAAUUACCUUGAAAAUGUCUGGAAGGAAACCCUGAAAUAAGCAUUUCUAUGAAGAAGUAGAAACUUUAUUAAAAGGAUUUUAUUUGACAUCUUCAGAGAAUACAUAAAGCAAGACAUACUAAUAUCAAAAGGAAAACUAUGAUGAAGCCAUAAUAAUAUACAUCUGCCUUUGCCUCUUCACUAAGAAUAAACUGGGAAAUUGUAGGCCAGAAUCCUGUAGARCUUUCUAAGUCUGUGACCCCUGUACCAAUUGGGGAAGUAUGUGUGUACCAAGGAGGAGACCUUGACUUGCUGAUUACAUCUGAAUUGGUAAAAUCUUGAUAGGGCUCAUAAAAUGAAUUUGGGAACUGCACAUAGCUAGAUUUUGGGGGAAAACUGUUUAUUUCAUUCAGAAGUUCUGAAGACUCACAAUAUUUUUGUCUUCUCUUUCUGCCUUCCUAUGGAAAAAAAUACAUAUAUAGUUUGUUAGAUUUUUUUGUCUUUUGAAUAUUCUGUAUGAAUGCUAAAUAAAAUUUAAU